UCUGUAGGGCAUUUCCUGGAAGCCCCCUGCACUGAGCCGGAAGGCCCUUCCUCCUGUCAACCCUGCCCUCAGGACACCUUCUUAUCUAGAGAGAACCAUAAGGAGAGGCUGUGUAGUCGAUGUCACGCCUGUGAUGAGGAUGGUCCUGCCCAUCAGGUUGUCAUCCGGAACUGCUCCAUCACAGCCAACACCCAGUGUGGCUGUGCCCCCGGCUGGUUCCCCGAAUGCGCUGUAAACCACUGCCGGUCUGACUCACCUUUCCUCUGCCUUCAGUGCCAAGACUGUGAGGUUCUGCACCGACACAUACAGACCCCUUGUUCUAGAGAAGACACUGUCUGUGGGAAGUGUCUGCCAGGCUUUUGUCAGGACCUGAAGAACAAUUGUGUUACAGCACCUUGCCCCACUCCUGAGAGUGAAAAGAAACUGUCUACAGCCAGCAGGCUGGUUCCCUACCCUCCACCUAAGCCCAAGUCCACUAGUAUCCAUUGUGGAAAUGAUUCCGGGAGCCAUUCAGAGAUGUGCUCGGGGAUCUCUAGCUCCAAGCAGGGCGUCUGGCUCCAGUACUUCCUGGUGGUGCCCCCAUCGCUAACAGUUCUGCUCUUGCUAGGAUGGGGCCUGUUCUACAUCUACCGGAAAAGCUGGGUCCCAAAGCCCCAGGUUCUUUAUGAAGCGGAGAUGGAGACCUUGAAACGCCAGUGGAUACUCAACCCUUCCCUUGGUAGCAGAGCUUCCCUGCCUCUGAGUAGGUACAACGAAGCGUGUGCCCUCCAGCUUGUGGGAACCCGAGGUCCCAGCAGCCCUCCGCUGGCCCGCGAAGUCUCGGGCCCGGAAGACGCAUGGCCUGUGCUCUGGGGCCAGCCGUCCAGCAGAGGGAAUGGGCCUGGGGCCGGCACUCUGCAGCCGGGCCCGCAGCUGUACGAGGUGAUGGACGCGGUGCCGGCGCGGCGCUGGAAGGAGUUCGUGCGGACCCUGGGACUUCGGGAGGCGGAGAUCGAGGCUGUGGAGGCGGAGAUCGGCCGCUUUCGCGACCAGCAGUACGAGAUGCUCAAGCGCUGGCGCCAACAGCAGCCGGCGGGGCUGGGCGCAGUCUACGCGGCCCUGGAGCGCAUGGGACUGGAAGGCUGCGCGGAAGAUCUGCGCAGCCGGCUGCAGCGGGGCCCGUGACCGUGACCGUGACGGAGAAGGGACUGACGCCUUCUAGGCGCCUUGACAAUCCUUCCCUCCCACCAGGCGGCCCGGGGAGGGUUAAAAAAAAAAAA